CCGGGGCGGGGGUGGCACCUCUUCCCUCCUCCUCCCCUCCUCUCGUUAGUUCCGGUCGCAGAGGAGAUACCGCCGCAGUUGCCGCCACCUCCGGGAUUUCUGGCUCUUUUCUCUUCGCCUUAAAUUCGGGUGUCUUUUAUGAAUAAUCAAAAGCAGCAAAAGCCAACGCUAUCAGGCCAGCGUUUUAAAACCAGAAAAAGAGAUGAAAAAGAGAGGUUUGACCCUACUCAGUUUCAAGACUGCAUUAUUCAAGGCUUAACUGAAACUGGUACUGAUUUGGAAGCAGUAGCAAAGUUUCUUGAUGCUUCUGGAGCAAAACUUGAUUACCGCCGAUAUGCAGAAACACUCUUUGACAUUCUGGUGGCCGGUGGAAUGCUGGCCCCAGGUGGUACACUGGCAGAUGACAUGAUGCGUACAGAUGUCUGUGUGUUCGCAGCACAAGAAGACCUAGAGACCAUGCAAGCAUUUGCUCAGGUUUUUAACAAGUUAAUCAGGCGCUACAAAUACCUGGAGAAAGGUUUUGAAGAUGAAGUUAAAAAGCUGCUGCUGUUCUUAAAGGGUUUUUCAGAGUCGGAGAGGAACAAGCUGGCUAUGUUGACUGGUGUUCUUCUGGCUAAUGGAACACUUAACGCAUCCAUUCUUAAUAGCCUUUAUAAUGAGAAUUUGGUUAAAGAAGGGGUUUCAGCAGCUUUUGCUGUAAAGCUCUUUAAAUCAUGGAUAAAUGAAAAAGAUAUCAAUGCAGUAGCUGCAAGUCUUCGGAAAGUGAGCAUGGAUAACAGACUGAUGGAACUUUUUCCUGCCAAUAAACAAAGCGUUGAACACUUCACAAAGUAUUUUACUGAGGCAGGCUUGAAAGAGCUUUCAGAGUAUGUUCGGAAUCAGCAAACCAUAGGAGCUCGUAAGGAACUCCAGAAAGAACUUCAAGAACAGAUGUCCCGUGGUGAUCCAUUUAAGGAUAUAAUUUUGUAUGUCAAGGAGGAGAUGAAAAAAAACAACAUCCCAGAACCAGUUGUCAUCGGAAUAGUGUGGUCCAGUGUAAUGAGCACCGUGGAAUGGAACAAAAAAGAGGAGCUUGUAGCAGAGCAAGCCAUCAAGCACUUGAAGCAAUACAGCCCUCUACUUGCUGCCUUUACAACUCAAGGUCAGUCUGAGCUGACUCUGUUACUGAAGAUUCAGGAGUAUUGCUAUGACAACAUUCAUUUCAUGAAAGCCUUCCAGAAAAUAGUGGUGCUUUUUUAUAAAGCUGAAGUUCUGAGUGAAGAACCCAUUCUGAAGUGGUAUAAAGAUGCACAUGUUGCCAAGGGGAAAAGUGUCUUCCUUGAGCAGAUGAAAAAGUUUGUAGAGUGGCUCAAAAAUGCUGAAGAAGAAUCUGAGUCUGAAGCUGAAGAAGGUGACUGAAUUUGAAACAACACCCUCAGUAAAGCAAACAGGAAUUGUAGAUAAAAUGUCAUGUCUCAUGUGUCCUGGUUCUUACAUCUUCCUACCUCCCUAUAUCAAGCAUGAUAUAAGGGCUUUCAUGGCAAAUUUUAUUUUAACUGUUUCUAUGGUUACUGGAAAUGUUGGAUUUAGUUUCUAAAACCAUGUUUUAAGUAGCUACAGGAGCUAUAGAUUUGAAUCUAAUGUUGCAUUAGUCUUUUCAGUUAUCCUCUACCUCCUGUAUUUUCUACUGUAAUAAUGUAAUUUAAGGCCUUCCACAAUGAACAGUUCACUUUUUCCCUGGGUUUUCUAUAUAAACAGUUUUCAAGAUAUGAUUUGGUUAAAAAUAAUUUGUUAUAAAAAUUCUGUUUGCAAAUUAAACUGUAAAAGUAUCCAGAGUCUCAGAAGGCAGUGAUUUGUGUGAUAUUUGGUAUGCCCGAAGCCCUGCUCAUCAAUGAAAAUCUCAUAUACA